GGGCGGGGCGAGUCAAUUGGCCCCGCCCCCGAGGGCCCACCCGGGCGACUACCUUUCCCAGCGCGCCUCGCGCGCGGUGACGUUUCCCCCGGAGCGAGAAACACGCCCGAUGUUAGCAAGCCUCGUUUUACAGAUGAAGCCGUUCAGAGCUUGCUUUACAAGAUGACAGGACUGAAUUUAGAGAAGAUUUUUAGGCCUCUUAAACAGAAGCUUAAACCAGCGACAUACAAGACAAUGACGGACGCACAGUUGGAGGAGGCCACAGAAAAAGCUAUUGAGGAAGCCAAAAAUAAAUUAAAAAUGCCUCCUGUUUUAAGUGAGCGAGAGCCAAUUAAUGAUGUAUUAGCAGAAGAUAGGCUACUUGAGGGAACAGAAACUGUCAAGUAUGUGUUCACUGAUUUAACUUACAGUACUCCACACAGGGAGCGUUUCAUUGUGGUUAGAGAACCAAGUGGUGUAUUACGCAAAGCUUCCUGGGAAGAACGAGAUAGAAUGAUACAAAUCUUCUUCCCGAGAGAAGGACGCAAAGUUGUUCCACCACCAAUGUUCAAGGAGAAAAAUCUUGUGCAAGUGUUACAUCAAGACCGUCAUGAAGAUAUCCUUAAUCUCUGCAUUUCACAGUUUGAGCCGGAUUCAGCUGACUAUAUCAAAAUUCAUCAUCAGAUAUAUGAUGAUAUUGAUAAAACUGCCAAAUAUGAUCUGCUACGUUCAACAAGACACUUUGGAGGAAUGGUGUGGUAUCUAGUAAACAAGAAGACUACCGAUGGCUUGCUAAUGGAUAUGAUCCAGAGAGACUUACUGGAUGAUGCUACAAGUUUAAUCAGUUUAUAUCACAUGGUUCAUCCUGAAUGCCAGUCAGCAAAAGAAGCCAAAGAACAGGAACUUCAUGGGGUAGACUUAAUAAAGGUAUUUAUAAAAACAGAAUCACAAAAAGAAGGCUAUAUAGAGUUGGCCCUUCAAGCUUAUCAAGAAACACUGACUAAUUCUGAAGCUUCAUGAAAUAGGAAGGGGCUUAUUUAAUCUUUUGGUAAAUUUUAAAUCUAUUUCAUCAUGUUAAUAUAUGGAAAAGCAGCUGCAUAUUGCUAACUCUGUAUAUAACACCAAAAUAAACACUUGAGCAUA